UUUUCUUAAUCCAGAGUUAAGCCUCCUGCACUCUCUGACUAGGUUCUUAGAGCUACUUCUUUGCUGCAUACUCUACUCAACCAAAGGACUCUGUGAGGUUGGUGCCCACUUGUGAGCCUCUGAGAUUGGUGUUGACAGAAGGGGUAAAUGUGCAGUAACACUGAGCAGAAGCAAGACGCAUUCUUUAAAUAAUUAUUCACCGUCCAGGACAAAGCACUUUGGGGAUAGACUGAACCGGGCUGGUGUGGAAGCAGCCCUGCUGACAUCACUCAUCAGAGCACCAAAAUGCUAGUCCUACAGGGUUAGUACAACCUACCUACGAAACGACACAUAAACGAUAGCUAGCUACUCACAGAAAACUUUUGAGACAAGCCCUUCAGUCUUUUUAUUAGACUCCCAUCAGUGACAUUUUCAUUUGAAAACAAUGGGUCACUAGCUAGCAAAAAAAAGCGACGUUAAAAGUUUAUUCUAGGGAAGUGUAGUGUACCAAGUUGUGAAUUUGAUCAUGAACUUGGGCUCUACACCGGUACCAUUUUGAAAGGUAUAUUUGUGUCAAGUGGAUCUUGCUAGCCUGAAGGAGACCUUACACCAAAUAGAAAUAUGAAGUAUUUAAGGAAAAAUUAAGUAGUCAUUAUUAGUGAAGCCCGGAUGACCUGCCAUGAUGCUGUCAACAGUAUUUUAAUGUGCUAUAUUAUUUCAUGAGGCUAUUUGGCUAGAUAGCUGCAGUACAUUACAUUGAAGCAUUUAUAUGCUCUUCCUAAAGUGACUUGCGUAAGUGCGAUCAAAAAGGUUUAGGCAACACAGAGCUGGUGCCAAGUCGUUAGGGUCACUGCCGAUAACUGUUAAUGCAUAACUUAACAGCAACGUAAACAUACAACAUAAAUGUAGUUCCUCGAGCAGCAAAUUAGUUCUUGAGGAUAUAGUUUCAGAUGUACAUAGGUGGAGCUAGUAAGCCAUAAAAGCGGUCAUAGUUCAACAUUACUUGAGCUGUGAUGCAAUUUCAAUAUGUGUUUUUUCAGUCUGUAUCUUACAAUAGACUCUACUGUAGUGGGGAGCUCUUUCCACCAUUAGGAGCCAGAGUAAAGAAAAACUGUGAUCAUCACGAUGGUCUAAGAAAAGUGGUAGUAAAGGCUCACGCUCACCAUACUUGUAACAGCCAUAGCGAGGAGCCACGCAUAGCCUGCUAAAUCUGUCUGUGAAACCUACUCUAAGUAACGCCAGUAGAUGAGAUUGUUUGUAUGAGAAGCAAAGAGGUGAUACAGUGAUAAGGCACGGUGGUCUAGGGCUCUUGUACACUACAAGCCAGCACAAUGUGAGCCGUUAGCAUUAUUUCUUAGAUUAGUCUGACAAUGAGCUACCAGGUAGGUCAUCUGGAGGAGGUAGAUUAAUUUGUCCGAACAGCGGCUCUUGAAAACAGCCUAAAUGCAGCCAUACAAGAAAUUGUAAUGAGAGAAAUUAGAGGUAAGAUAUACAGCACAAGGUGCUGGAGUCCUGGAGCAAGCAUAAAACCAUUCAAUAAAGACAUUUUAAAUGGCUGUCUUGAAUCUUGUAAGUAGGCCAUAUUUUGUGAUAAAACAGCCUUUAUAUAGCCUUGAAUACUCAGUAUCAAUAAUGAAAUAGCUCCUGCUUUUGCCUGAUUGUUACUUGGAGGAGCAGCAGUGUUCAGUUUCAGCUGGAGGCCAUACAGAGAGGCCAGCAAGGAGAGAGCUGCUGUAGUGUAUCAGGGCAGCAGAAGGAGCUGGACAAUCAGCUGGGCAGCAUGUAAUGAGGAAAGGGUGGGUUUGUGGGUAUUGUAGGGGGAAAAAACCGGCAGCCUUGAGCUAUUGUUGUAAUAGUCCCAGUAAAAGACAUUCAUAUUACCCUUCAAUGCAGUCUGCACGUGAUCUUUAAUUCCGCUAAUACAAAUGACUAUGGUCCGCAUUGUGUCGUUGAUAUUAAAGUAUAUAUACGUAGAAUAACGGCAAAGAUGUAUGUGACGCAUACAAGAUGUGAAUGGAACUCAAUGAAUGUGAUACACAUCCCCACGUAGGGUUAAUUGUACUUCAGCCAACCCACCAACAUGGCUUUGGAAGUAAAGAAAUAAAUAUGCCAACGUCUAAAUGGAACUACAAGAACCCCCAACCACCCCCCCCCCCCCCCCAAUUGAAUAACUUGAAUAACUGGAUGAAUCAACCGAUUCAUAUUUCAAAUGCUUCUCUUUUACUGUGAUCUCUCUGCCAUAGCUUAUUACAAUUACAAAUGACUGAGCUGCUCAAGGUUGCUGUAUACUAAAUAUAUAAACAAGGUUUAUUUAGUUUACUUGUAUUCAUGAAAGUGUAACUCUUAAUUUAGUGACGUUUUUGGCAAUCGCUACAAUAAGAGUUUAAAGAUAGGCUACUGUAAGAAAAAUGGGAAAAUAAAAUCGCAUAUCUCUUGUCUCUAGACUUCUGAUAAAUGAUAGAAAGCCCCUCUUGUGACAUGACUUCUAAGCAGUUGCCUGUUUUUUCCAGGAAAAAAAUGCGCACACAGGAAAAAAAGUUACGCGCUAAUGAUGCACCCUGAAUGGACUGUGGAAAACAUUUUCUCCGACAGGUGCAAACCAUUUUCCAUGCGGAAAAUCCAACUAACCUAAUGAUAUGUGAUGGAACAGCAGCUGCAGCACAGGCCGAGGUGCCGUUUAACAUUUGAGAGGUAUUCCCACUUUCAAAAAACCGGCCAUUCACUUGGGACGAAUGGGAGGGCUGAAAAGGGGCUCCGGCGAAGACAAAGACAGCGGAGACGGCAAGAAGAGACGGGUUAGUUUGAGAGCUGGGUGGAACAUAUGGUUCGGUCUUCAAACAGUGCUAUGAGCUCAGUCUCUUUGUCUUUCUCUAAUUUAAUCACGGUUCUGGUGAGGCCGUUUGCUGGAGAAAUGGCGAUGAGUUCCCCUUAAACACAUGGCUCAGUUAUUAGUAUCUUGUCAAAACGGCCUGCUUUAUCCGAACAUCGUGCAUCUUUCUGGCAGCACGAGACAGACUUGCCUGUGGGUUUACACGCUGCAUUUCUAUGAGCGCUGUAGACGGCAGGCUGGCCUUUCCCGCGCCCUGCAGACCGCGCUAACGCACAGUACCACAGAUCAGCUGUAAUGGCUCUGCGGCCCCAGUCACCCACCAGAUGGCUGACAAUCCCUGCAGACACUGUACACCAAACGGCAAAUCUCCAGCAGUAGUGUGAUGGAAUCCCAUCAGGCGCGUGCCUAAAUCGGCCGUCAGUCGUUUAUUUCCACCAUUGCGUUGUGUUGUGUCUUGGAGUUUUUGUUCUUUAUUUCUUGGUGAGUGACCCUAUUUCUCAAUUGUAUCAUUGGGAAUCAAUUUUCUGCAUGGCAAGUCCUGACAUUAUAACGCAAAGGGUAAAUACUGCUACCGGCAAGACAGCGAUCAGACAGACGUGCGUGUCUCCGUGGGGGGCGGUUAGGAAGACCACAGAGAAUUCGGUCUUGGUUAUUGAAUAUUUGCAUUUUUUUCACAGAUUCCCUUGACUGCUUGUCCCGCGUCUGCGCGCUCGCGAUGACCCCACGGGUGUGCAAACGCUGCAUACAGGUAUAGGCGAUGCUUGCUACUUGCGGCAAGCGCAAGCACUGCUGCGCUCAGCAUGCUUUUGCGGACGGUAUCGCUCUUGGAAACCGUCCUCGACCUUGCUCUUCAAGACUCACUUCCCUUACAAAAGGACUACUCCACGUGCUGUUGAAAAAGAAUCGUUUUGCGACAUGCUUGGUCACACAGAGCCAGGAUUUAUGAUUUACACGUCAACAUUCGUCUUUAAAACGUAUCCGUACCGAAUUGCCAAGAGUACAUAAAUGCCACUCAUUUGAUACGUGGAGAAAUACAGUGAAAGAGUGCACCCCAUUUCAAAUAUAUAAUAUAAAGUUAAAAACUUAAGUUGAAAAAUUGUCAUAACGCUAUAAUUACCAGUACAAUUGCCAUUUUACCAGGCAAAUGCCACUUACGAUUGGCUUAUGCAGGUGCGCCCAACCCUUACAGAACUCUUAAUGCGCGCGCGUACACUUGAGGAGCAUACAAAAGUUCCCUGUUCCGUGGCGCAGUGCUCACCUAUAGUACCCCUUGUCGCCGUCAUUUAAUACGCAUAAAGCGCCAUCUUGUGGUAUUAUUAAAUAGUUGCAUUCCUCGCUAGUAUUGCAAGCACAUGUAUAGUGUAUUUGCAUAAAAAUCUUAAUUUUAAAUAUGCGUUAUAAACAUUCUAAACUGCAGAAUUAGAUUUGGUCUGGAAUGUCAAACGUAAUGGCAUGUCUUAUUUCUUUGAAACAGUCUCAGCUGAGUUCUGUAAUAGUGUUAGCAAAAGUAUUUGGCUGCUCCCUACAUGUUCAAAAUAUUUUGUUGACCACUCAGUAGCAUUUACUUUUGUUUACAAGUCUAAUUGUUAGCUAACUACAUGUAUGAUUGAUAAAUUGGCCUUCUGCACCAUCCUGGUGAUGCUGCACUUUGGUAUUCCUUUGCUUUCCAUUCAGAAGAUCACUUUUCUAAAUGGAGAAGGAUCCCUUGUCCUUAUAGACUUCAGUAUACAAAUUAGGCUCACACAGACAUGAGUCAGAGGAAGACUCAACUGGUGGACUUGCAGGAAUCCGACUGGUCAGUGGAUGGACGUGCGAACUGAAACCAGCCUAUCCCUAGGUGCUAUCUAGGUGAUGGAUGCUAGAGUCCAGGGGACCUGUUCAGACCACACUCAGCACUGGAAGAGUCCAGGCUCCAUACCAUGGGGAUGAUGCAGGCACUGGAACCAUUUGAACAGUCUAGCUACAACAAGGAUGAUAAAUUCCUAUGGAUGAGUGUCUGCUAAGUUCUCUAGGCAUUCCCCAACGAGGGGCCACAGCACAGUCAGGUGGCUGUGGCGUCGCCUCUGUAGCCCCAGGCGGCAUCGUCCCCUACGCGAAGCAAGCAUCACAGGACUGAACACCCUAAUGGAAUUAUCUCCGGUAAUGCUGGGACUAUGACAUCCGAAAACGAAAGAAAUUCAGGGGCGAAGAAUAGGAGGUGACCAUGGAGGAUAGCCGCGGGAGGCUCCAUUUCUUAAAAACUUCACAGAAAAGAGCCAGCGCACGCAAUGUCUCCAAGGAGGGUAGCCUGCAGGUGCGCGUGAUCUUCCUGGACGAUUCUGAGCAUGUGUUCGAAGUCGAGCCAAGGAUUCUGGGAAAUGACUUUUAUAACAGAGUGUGUGGACACCUGAAGCUCCUGGAGAAGGAAUACUUUGGGUUGGAGUUCCGUCACCACAGCGGUGGCUACGUGUGGGUGGAGCUCCUGAAACCACUGGCAAAACAGGUUAUAAGCACCGGUGACAUCACUUUCCGCUUCAUCGUCAAGUUCUUCCCCCCGGAUCCAGGGCGGCUGCAGAAAGAUUUGACCAGAUACCUGUUUGCAUUGCAGAUCAAACAGGAUCUGUCCAAUGGGAGCCUCACCUGUAAUGACAACAGCACUGCUUUGCUGGUCUCCUAUAUAUUACAGUCAGAGUUGGGCGACUAUGACGAGCAGCUGGACAUGCAGCACCUGGACAGCAAGAAAUACAUCCCCAAUCAGGAAUACCUGGACAAAAAGAUCAUGCGCCUUCACAAGAGGCACAGGGGCCGGACCCCAGCGGAGUCAGACGCGCUGCUGCUGGAGGUGGCACGCAAGCUGGACAUGUACGGGAUCCGCCUGCAGGCAGCAAGCGACGGCGAGGGCAUGAGGAUAAACCUGGCGGUCACGCACAUGGGCCUGCUGGUCUUCCAGGGUAACAGAAAAAUCAACACUUUCAGCUGGGCCAAAAUCCGGAAGCUGAGUUUCAAGAGGAAACACUUUUUGAUAAAACUUCACGAGAAGAUUGUGCCCUCUCGCAGGGACACGGUGGAGUUCACCAUGGCCAGCAGGGACGUGUGUAAGGCCUUCUGGAAGAUGUGUGUGGAGAACCACGCCUUCUUCCGCCGGUCAGAGGAGCCCAGGUCCCGCCACAAGUCCCUGCUCUGCAGCAAAGGCUCCUGCUUCAGAUACAGGCAGGUCCCCCCAGCUGGGUCAGGCCAGCCCGUACCGCAGGAUGGGGUGGUGGGGGGCAGAGGAAGCUGCUCAGCUAUAAUAAUAAAAGGGGAUUAUUAUUUCAGUGGCAGAACACAGAAACAGCUGCUGGACUGUGUGAGAGGGGCUGAGAAGAAGAACCUGCCCUUUGAAAGGAAGUACUGCAGGUCAUAUUAUGACACACGGCAGUGCAGGUCAUCUCCCGAUCUCCUCACUGACGUCUCCAAACAGGUGUACGAGCAGUCUCAGGUGUUCCCACACUCAGCCUUUGCUCAGGCCUGCAGCGACAAGGGGAGGGGCUUGGUGGCUCUUGGGGGAAAGCGCAGCCAAUCUGCUGUGGAGGUGGCCUUUACCAUGGAGCCUCAUGCCCAAGGCCCGCCCCCGGCCCCACCCAGCGCCUUUGCUCAGUCGCGGUCCUCCUCCUUCUCCAGCGCAGAGGCGGGGCCGGGGGCGGGGCCGGGGCUGAACCUGCCCUGGAUUGACAGCAGCCAGCUGGUGCUCCUGUACCCCAGCCCCGGUUUGGAGCUGCACCCCGCCCUCCGCUCUGCUGUGGCAGCCAUCCCGAUCUCCGCCCUCCCGCCCUCCGCCCAGGCAUACCUGACCCGCGGCGCCGCCGCUGCCGCCGCCGCCUCUCUGGGCCACGCCCCCCACCCCACCCACCGGCACGCCUUCCUCGAUGAUGUCAUCCGCUCAUCCAGCUUCUCCCACCCCUCGUCCCUGUCGCCCCAGCGACGGCGGGGGCGGGGCUGCGAGGCGGGCGUGAUGGGGGGCGGGCAUUGGCCCGGGGCCUCCGGCAGGGAGGAGGCCGGCCAUUUCAGCGACGACUCCAGCUACCAGGCGGGGCUGCCCAAGCGCUCCUGGAGUCAGACCGACAUCAAGCUGCUCCGCCCAUCCCCCGCCCACGCCGCGGAGUUCCGCCCGCUGGGCCACUACCCCCACCUGUCCAGGCGCCAUGCCCCCGUUCGCCCCUCCUACCUCCCCCUAAACUCCGCCCCCGUGCCCGAGCGGCCCGCCUCCCUCUGCGUCCUGGGCGCCGGGAGCGCCGCGGACUUCAGCUUCAGCGACUCGGACUCGGAGGUCAUCUACCCCUACUACUGCCCCUCCGGGGGCACAGCGGGGCACGGAGCGUCCCUGGCCCGCAUGCGCAUCUCCUCCGGCAGCCUGCAGCUGGGCGAGGUGGAGGAGGAGGAGGACUGCACGGCCAUCAGCCCCUCUUCCUCUGCUCUCAAGUCCUGAGUCAGCCAUAGAGCUGGCACAGUCAAUGCAUCCACCUGCUGGGGGUACCCAAGCCAAUCACAACGCAGGACAGCUCUCUUUCAUCUCACGCAUGAACCAACGAUUUAAACUGCUGACAAAAAUGGGAGUAUUUGUGUGCAACUGGAAUGACGAGAGUUAUGCUUCAUUUAUUUCUGCAUUUUUAGCUUGGAAAUUUGAUGAUGCAUUUCAUCAAUAAAUUAUGUCUGUAUGAACAGAGAUCUGGAGUUCUAGAAGACUGAACUCUUCCCAGGGUGUUUCUGUGAGUUCCUGCAGUUUGAAAUAGAUUAUUUAACCAAUUAAUUCACACACACAUUAGCACACAAGAAAUAACCACAUAACCAAUCCCAUUCCAUAAACUCACAAUUUAAAUAUUUAUUCUUAAAACCCAAACCAAAAUUAGUUCAAAAACAGAUUUACAAGACUAGUGAUUCUACAGGACAUUAUAAACCUCUCUCUGCAGUACAACCAAAUACAAUUUUCUUUAGAAAACCCAGAUUAAGAAUAUUUACAAAAUCUUUUGUCUGCUUGUUGUACAGAAAAUAUAAAAAUAUAUCCAAACAUUAUUGCUUUCAAAAAUUCCAAACAAUCUGGCAACAGUUAUUACUCCUAUUUUUUUAAAGCAAUUUCCGAGACAAUGAGCAUUACAAUAAAAUAGAGAAGUUCAAUACAAUUCUUUAGUUUUAGGCACAGUUGGAUGUCCUGUUGGCAUACUUCCCCCACCUUGCUACUUGGUACAGUGUCACUGCCAAACCUGCAAUGGCACCUUGUUCAGAGCUGGUUUAGAGGUCAGCGGAGAGCUUGGCAGCUUGAUUUCUCACACUUUUCAUGAGACCAAACAAAACCCACACAAAUAAAAACG